AUGAUGCCAAAUGGUAAUAUUGAUGAAGUGCCCGAGGCACAAGACAAUCAAAAUGGUAGAGAGGCGCUAGAGAUGCCGAAUGGAGAAGGACUGCUUGGAGCAGGAGAUGUUCAAAAUGUGUUCCUGUACGAAGCAUUAGAUGAUCCCUCUACACCGUCCCUGCGACUUCAAAGGCGGCAGUACGUGCGUCAAGAGCAUGUGCGUUUCCUUCGGUCGCGGCUUCGAAUAUUUGAUGAAUACCUGGUUACUCGAAGAGGCGAGGCGUUUCUGGAUUUUAUCAAAUUGCUGCCCAAUGAGUUCGAGAAUCUGUAUCAGAGAAUUGGCAGUCGAUUAGAGCAUUUUACCACGCACGCGGGUCCCAUUAGCGGUCGCCACAGACUAAUGGUAUACCUAAGAUAUGUGACGCAAGGAAUUACAUUCAAAGCCUACGCCUUAGACAUAGGAAUUAGUAUCUCGACAGUAGCAGCUAUUGUUAGGGAGGUGACAGAAGCAAUCAUAAUUGACAUGCAUAGUGAAGCCUUUCCUCGUAUCAAGCGUGGCAAAUUCAUACAAGUUGCCCGAAUAACGCAGGAAAGAUAUGACUACCCGAGAGCUGUAGGCUUCCUAGAUGGGAAACAUAUCCACAUCAAGAAGCCUGCGCGGUCGGGUAGUAUCUUUUAUAAUUACCAACACUACAAUUCUAUCAUCCUCUUGGCUUUGUGCGACUGUGACCACCGCAUCAUUGCCUAUGAUGUGGGAGCUCCAGGCCGCGCUGAUGACGCUGGAGUCCUUCGCGACUCCGCUCUGAAGAGAUUCUUGGACAGACACGACAAUGUAUUCCCGCUUACGACGGAGCUUGGAAACGUGGGACCCGUUCAAUAUCAUAUUCUCGUGAACGGUGGUUUUGGCCAGGGUCAUAGGUUCAUCAGACCUUAUAGAGAAGCGGAGGCUGAUACACCGGAUAAAAGGCGCUUCAACAAGCAAUUGAGCGGUGCACGUCAAAUAAUAGAACAGACUUUUGGCUUGUUGGCUCAGAGGUUCCAAGUCUUGAUGUACCGCAUGAACUUGGAUCCCGUUCAAACUCAGCGACUUGUAAUAUCUCUUAUGAUUCUUCACAACUUACUCCCGCGAAGGCAAGAUUCUCUGGAGGCUGUCCAGAGGUUUGAGCCAGCACCGAACGCCGCCUAUCAUCCCCUUGAAAGAGAAGAACCAGAGGCUGGCACAGAAUCAGCUAAUAGAGCGAGGGAGCGGCUCACGCAGUAUUAUAUCGAUAAGGAUGGGCCUGCAAGAUCUUGA